AUGCGAUGGCUCUUCUGGACAUCAGACAAUGACGGGGAUGAAUGCAAAUGCAAUAGUAAACCAAUUUCCAAUAGCGAUGAGAAGCAGUCAAAACUCUUCAAAGAUACUAAGGAUUGGAAUGCAUUAUCCAAUGCAACCAAUUGGUCUCAUUUUAUCGAACCGUCAAAUCUCAUUCCCACCAUCCUUUUAACGAGCGGCAUCUUAUUUGCAGUUCGAAUACAUCGUCGAUACCUACGCCGAAUCCCAGAAGCGUCUAAUAUAUCACCUUCCUACCUUCGACAACGAAGUAUAUUGGGCAAAGUCACGAGUGUGGGCGAUGGAGAUAACUUUCGCAUCUAUCAUACUCCCGGUGGGAUGCUUGCGGGAUGGGGUUGGCUUAGAAAGGUGCCUACAUCAAAGAAAGACUUGAAGAACAACACGAUUCACAUCCGUAUUGCGGGCGUUGAUGCACCGGAGCUCUCUCAUUUUGGACGCCCAGCCCAACCUUUCGGCGAAGAGGCACACAAGUGGUUAACGAAUCGACUAACCGGCCGCAGAAUACGUGCUUACGUCUAUCGACCUGAUCAAUAUAGCCGCGUUGUAGCUACCGUAUAUGCAUAUCGAUUCCUAUUUUUCCCUCAGGAUAUCGGAUUGCAGAUGUUAAGAGAAGGCCUGGCAACUGUCUAUGAGGCUAAAUCUGGCGCCGAGUUUGGAGGACCAGAACAAGAGAAAAAAUAUAGGAAUGCCGAGGCAUUGGCUAAGAAGAAGGGGAAGGGACUUUGGAAAACAAAGGGUUCAAAUGACUGGGAGAGCCCUAGAGAGUUCAAGUCUAGGAUGAAUGCCAUGGACCAGGGGAAAGAUUCUUCUGCGUGA